UUUGUUUAUUUGUUUGAAUUUUCUGUAUCCUAAUGCUAUCGAUCUUUUGAGUUACAAGAGUUCGGCUCUCUUUGCGCGUGUCCUGUUCUCUUCUCCAACCCGAUUUCUUAGACUAAUUUUUGUAUUUAGAUGGAGGUUAAGCUAUGGAAUGACAAGCGCGAAAGAGAGAUGUAUGAGAAUUUUGCGGAGCUGUUUGCCAUUAUAAAGGCAACAGAGAAACUUGAGAAGGCUUAUGUGCGCGAUAUAAUUUCAUCUGCUGAGUAUGAAACUGAAUGCCAAAAGUUGAUUGCUCAUUUCAAAACCCUGUCUUCCACAUUGAAAGAUAUAGUCCCAAGCAUUGAGCGGUUUCAUGAUACCUACAAGAUGGACUGCCCAGCUGCCCUCAACAGACUUGUGACAUCAGGGGUUCCGGCCACAGUUGAGCACCGAGCAGCUGCUGCGAUGUCUUCCACUACCUCAGCUGCCAUUGUGGCUGAGUGUGUGCAGAAUUUUAUUACAGCCAUGGAUUCGUUAAAGUUGAACAUGGUUGCAGUUGAUCAGGUCCACCCAUUGCUGUCGGAUUUGUCAGCUUCACUCAACAAGCUGACAAUCUUACCGCCUGAUUUUGAGGGGAAGACAAAGAUGAGAGAUUGGAUUGCUAGGCUGUCAAAAAUGGGUGCUGCUGAUGAGCUGACUGAGCAACAGGCUCGACAACUUCACUUUGAUCUGGAGUCGUCUUACAACUCGUUUAUGGCGGCAUUGCCCACUGCUGGUACUUAGUUGAUGGUUUUAGUUAAGAUUGUAAAUAAGUGGGUAAUUUUUUUGUUUACCGGAUUUAUUAUAUGUACUGUAUUGCAAUCAACUGGCCUUGGUAGGAUUUGGUUACUAGUUGCGGUUGAUGAUUGAACUUAUCGUAUGCUUAAGAAUGGUGGGUUUUUGAUACUGUGAUCCAUCUCUGUUCAAGAGUGGAAAUAAAUUGUGAUGAAAAAACAAGUGAAAUGGAUUGAUUUGGGCAUCUGUUUGUA